AUGGAUUCUUUGAUCAAACUAUUCUUCUCCCUCUCUCUCUUCCUGUCCACAUCUCUCCUCUUUGGGGAAAUCAAUGGAGUUGAUGGCUCGAAUCAGAACCAUCACUUGUACGGAUUCAGACCAACGAAGCUGUUUGUGUUUGGAGAUUCAUAUGCCGAUACCGGAAACAUUAAGAAGUCUCUCGCUAGUUCUUGGAAAUUCCCUUACGGUAUCACUUUCCCCGGAAAACCCGCCGGCCGUUUCUCUGACGGACGCGUGGCUACCGAUUUUCUAGCAAAAUUCGUGGGGAUAAAAUCACCAAUUCCAUACUUCUGGAAAGAUUACGCGGGAAAGAAACGGUUACAGUACGGAAUGAAUUUCGCCUACGGAGGAACCGGAGUCUUCAACACUCAUAAUCCAUUGCCCAACAUGACCACUCAGAUCGAUAUCUUCCACAACCUUCUCACCGCCGGCGACAUUUACUCUCCCUCCGACCUUAUCUCCUCCGUCGCUCUCGUCAGCGUCGCCGGCAACGACUACUCCAACUUCAUCUCCCAAAACCGCUCUGCCUCCGAGUUUCCAGCAUUCAUAAAGCAAGUAGUGGAUCAAACAGUGGUGAAUCUGAGACGACUCCAUGCAUUGGGAAUUAAAAAGAUCGCAGUACCAUCGCUGCAACCACUCGGAUGCCUCCCUCGCAUCACCUUCGCCUCCUCUUUCCAGAGUUGCAAUGAGUCACAGAACUUGUUAGUGAACCUUCACAACAACUUGUUGCAACAAGCCGUGGCAAAGCUCAACAACGAGACCAAGCAGUCUACUUUCAUCAUACUCGAUCUCUACAGCGCUUUCUUGACCGUCUUCAAGAACAAAGGAGCUAGUCCAGGGAGUACGAGGUUUGAGAGUCCGUUGAAGCCAUGUUGUGUUGGCGUGAGCAGCGAGUAUAGCUGUGGGAGUGUGGAUGAGAAGGGAGUGAAGAAGUAUAUGAUAUGCGAUGAUCCUAAAUCUGCUUUCUUUUGGGAUGGACUUCACCCUACUGAAGAAGGUUGGAGAGCUGUUUACUCUGUUUUACGCCAAAGUCUUGCCGCGUCUUUGAUCAAAGCGUGA